GUUCUUAAUAAUCUCGUGUAUUCGGUACUUAUUAGAUAUACUUAGAGACACGAGACAGGUCAACUGAACAACUAACGGUAGAUUAAAAGGCUACUCUGUGAAUUUAAAGAGACAAUUAUUGUGUUGGUGACGAGCUAUUAUGACUUCCCUACAGUUGUUUAGAAAUCACGAACAUGAACCUCAGGUGCCAGAUGAAUGGGGAACGGGAAAAGGAAAGGGGGAGACAGAUAUCUGGUUACCAAAAGCUCCAUCAUGGCACCAAACAGAUGUACCAGUUAAACAGUUUUAUGAUUUGACACAGCUAAAACGUAGCAAUGUUCGAGACAAUGAUCAGCUAUUACCAAGACCAGAAGCUUCCGAUAUGGGAAGUAUACUCAUCAACAAGUCUUUUCCUGCUGAACAUCCUUAUGACUCACAUAUAUCCAGAUUUGCUGUUUUCCCAACAUUUGCCUCACCCCAAGAUCCACAUAGAGGUGUCCCAUCACUGACUAAACAACCGUUACAUGCUGAAACACCUGCUAAUUCUUAUGAUGUACAGAUCCUACAUAAAACAAAGGGUUCUGGAAUCCGGCAUGAAGUUUUGAUUUUACCACCAGAAUCAGAGAAGAAACCGUUAGUGUGGAAUGGUGAAAAUCAUUUUGAUCAGGUUGUGAAGACGCAUGGGAACAGACAAACAUUUUAUCCUAUACCCCAAAAAUCUAUAGCUCCUAAUCCACAACAACGACCAAUAGAACAUCAGAUUUCAGAACGUACGGCCGACACGAUGCGAAAUGUCGAAAGGUCUCAGUGGUUGACAACAAAGCAGUUGGAUUAUACGGGAAUGGGACCCAGCAACACGGUUAAAUUAGAUAAUCUUGAUGAGAAAAGGGAGCAUUUUACCAAUACAGGCGAAAUAGACGACAAAUUGUAUCCCCAUUUUGCGAAUACUUUUGACCCACCAAGACCAGUGGAAGGAAGAAUUUCCAGAGUAAAUUUGUCACAGACGAAACCAGGACAAGCAGAUUCCAACAAACCACCAUCAUACGAAAGAAUGAUGACCGAACAUGAAAAAGAAGAGAAAAGAUUAUGGAAUGGAACAGAGUAUGUCAACCUUCCUGAUCUAUCUAAAGAUCCAAGUGCAGAUACAAGAUGGCGGGAAGUUGAUCAGGCCUCUAGAACAGAACGCAUGAUUAGUCAAUUACAAAAGGCUGCUGGUGACAAGCCACGGAUUGAUGCUCCAUACCCACCCACUGGUCCACCUCCAGAGAAAGGGGAUAGUUAUCUGAAAGUUUCGAAGUCUGGAAGAGAUGAACGAAUCCAGGAAAUGGAGGCCCAAAAUAGAUGGAAUGUCCUCGAAUCCCAAACUCCGCGACAUGACUUGAACUCUUUACACUACAAGUACGGUCAUUUGAAAGAUAAAGAACUUCCUUCAACUUUCUAUGAUCAUGAAAGCAAAUAUAACGAAGAACGUGCAGAUAUGUACAAAACGUCUUUCGAUCCACAUAAGCUAACUUAUUCGAUGAACAAAGAUGAAAUAACUGGAUCAGUCAUAACAAACACUAGCAGAUCGCAUGAAGAUGCGCUCUAUUUACCGACCAAAAUAAGCCGAGAUAACAACAUUUUGUUGAAAAGAAGUAAAACCUUCUGUGGUAACACACAGAGUAUGAGUGGUGACAUUCAAACCCCACGUCAAGUGUCUGUUCCUUACCAAGAACUCCGGCACCAGCAACAGGCUCAACUGCAACCCCUUCCACAGACUGCCAGGCCGUUGGUUCAAGAGAAAGAAUUUGUCCUUCAAGAGACUACAAUGGGAGAGAGCUACAACACUCCAAAGUUUUUACAAGAAAAUAAAACACUUCCUUAUUCGAGAAACGAACCUCUCAAUAUAAUGUCCGAAGAGAAUCAAAACCUUCGAAGAGUGCGAUCAAGAUCUGUGCCCAGGGCCAGUAAAAGUGUACAAUUUUCAGACAAGGUUACCGUUGCUCAGUUGAACUCCGAUGAACCAAUAAGGGUCAAUACAAUAAAUUUACGUGGACUAACAGAUGACGAAAAGUCUGAACUCGCCCGAUUAAAAAAGAUCAACGUGAACACAACGCAGUAUAUGAGUAACCAAGCUGAAUGGAAGAAGGAAAAUGAAUCUGGUGUUGAAGGCAGAUUACAAGCAAACCAACCUGAAUUUACAGGAUAUCAGCCAUCUUUCUUAGCAUCAGCGUCUGCAAUACCAAAAAUAAACAAUGAGAAAACAACAGAAAUUAUCACCCGAAGUCCAUCGACUUCCCGCCGGCCAAGACCUUUAGUUCGAACUCUUAUGAACGAAGCUAGUGACGAACUACAAUUAAGUCAAAGUGGGCCAGAAACAACUAAAAGCUUACUCUUACGACAGCAACCUGCUACUCCUGGAAGCGAGUACAAAAAUGAGUUCAACGGCGCAUCUAACGGCAUAGUACCAACAAGUCUACGAGGUUCUUCAAGCUUUAGGUCAUCUUAUCACAGCGAGUUUCCAAUCUAUCAUGAUAUGACCUUUAAAUCGGACCCACGCUUUGAAUGGACAUCCGCAUCAGGAACACCUCGACCACAAACAGCCCUACUUCAGAUUCAAGACAGUUUUUCUAAAUCGGACAUCAAAAAUAAAUUCAACCGCGAAUUUCCCGAAAAAGCACCAGAGAUACGAGAUCAUAAUAUAAUACAAGGUAAAAGACACGUAUUUAAUGGUGUACAUGGGCAAUUGAUCCAUGGAUAAUGCUUGGAUGUUUCAUUUAUUUAUUUCCUGAUUAACAAUCCUCGACAGGAUGAACUGUUCCAUCAAGCUUCUAUUAUUCUAUAUUGCUUGAGGUAUAUUGACCGGUUCGUCUUGGUCCAUAAAGUUAAAAUUCACUACUGUUAUGUGUUUUUAUGUUCCGAGGACAGAAAGAAAAUUUAAGCUUACCUACACCGCAUCAGUAUUAUUUGUAAAUGAAUUCCGUCAUAUUUAUUAUUAUUACUAUCAUGCUCACUGUUUGUUUAUUUAUUCAUGUCAAACUAUUAGUUCAUAAUCUGAGU